UGACGUGUUUGUGGGUGGGUGUUUGUGUGUGAGAAGGAUCUGGCAAAACCAGGGACAGCCCCAACCGGCAAGCCCUGCGUUAGUCCGCCACUCGCGCAUCUAAUUCUCCGCAGAAGGUCUCUCUGUGGUAGCCGGUUAGCACGAUGGCGAACGUUGCAGAUACUAGGCUUUACGACAUCCUUGGAGUUUCACCUUCUGCCUCUGAAAAUGAACUUAAAAAGGCUUACCGCAAAUUGGCCAAAGAGUAUCAUCCUGACAAGAACCCUGAUGCAGGAGACAAGUUUAAAGAAAUAAGUUUUGCAUAUGAAGUAUUGACAAACCCGGAGAAGAAGGAGCUUUAUGAUCGAUAUGGAGAACAAGGGCUACGGGAGGGAGGAGGCGGAGGGCCUGGCAUGGAUGAUAUCUUUUCUCACAUAUUUGGCGGAGGACUCUUUGGCUUCAUGGGUGGACAAGGAAGAGGGCGAAAUGGAGGGAAGAGGAGAGGAGAUGAUAUGGUGCAUCCUCUGAAAGUUUCCCUUGAAGACCUUUACAAUGGCAAGACCACAAAACUGCAGCUCAGUAAGAAUGUGUUGUGUGGGGCCUGUAAUGGUCAGGGUGGGAAGGCCGGAGCGGUGCAAAAGUGCGUGGCAUGCAGAGGAAGAGGUAUGAGGAUCAUGAUUCGACAACUGGCCCCAGGAAUGGUUCAACAGAUGCAGUCAGUCUGCACAGAUUGCAAUGGAGAAGGUGAGGUGAUAAAUGAGAAGGACCGCUGCAGAAAGUGUGAGGGUCAAAAGGAAAAAGAACAUGAGGAGUUCCGACGUGAUGGCAGUGACCUCCACAUGGUCCAGCGUAUUGGUCUAGUGGAGGCUCUAUGUGGCUUCCAGAUGACCGUCACUCACCUAGAUGGACGGCAGCUGCUUGUGAAAUACCCACCUGGCAAAGUCAUUGAGCCAGGUUGUAUUCGAGUGGUGAAAGGAGAAGGGAUGCCUCAGUACAGAAACCCUUUUGAGAAGGGAGAUCUUUACAUCAAGUUUGAUGUUCAGUUCCCAGAAAACAACUGGAUUAGUCCUGAAAAGCUGAAUGACCUGGAGUGCUUGCUGCCUGCUCGUGCUGACAAUCCUGUUAUUGCACCAGAUGCAGAGGAAGUAGACCUAACAGAUUUUGACAAGAGUCAAGGUUUUGGAGGUGGAGCCAGGAGAGAGGCCUAUAAUGAUAGUUCUGAUGAGGAAGGAGGCCAUCAUGGCCCAGGGGUGCAGUGUGCACACCAAUAGAAAGACUCAUAGACUUGCACACAUUAAAACAUAAUUAGAGAAACAUCCUUCAAGUUCCAUUGCUAACACCAUUCAAGACUUGUUGCACAUAAGCGCACAUUUUCUCUGACUACACCAGUGAAAAGAAAUACACAAACACAAAUAUUCUCCCUCCUCAGUUCCAUGGUGCCCAUAAAUCAGAGAGAUCCAGGAUGUGUCAUUUGUUUAUGGAAUUUAGUGCUCAUUGAUGUCUUCAGCAAGGAAUAGUCUCAUUCUCAGAGGUUCACUGGCUGAGGUUGACUUGAACCUCCCUCUUUUCAUCUUUAACUUUAACUUCUUACUGUGAGAAUCACCAGUCUGUGUACAAAAUGCGAGCAUUGUCAAAUAUCUUGUAAAAGGUGUAGAGUAGUCAGUCACAUACAAGCGCAUGCUGCUUCUUGCUGAAGAGUGUGGUCACUGCAGAGAAAUGUAUUUCCAAACCCAUUUAAAUUUUCCCAAGUAACUGCUACUUGAGUGCCCUGUUGACACAUCUCUGCACAGAGAAGCAAACAUUUAAACCGCAGCUUCCUCUUAGGACAAUUAUCAUUUGUUGAAAAUGGGAUUUCAGGGUUCCGUUCGGUCUCUGUCAGACCUAAACUAUAUUAGAGCCCAGAGGUUGGCACCUGUCUGCCAAGGCUACACGCUUUUGUCUUUUGUUUGUUUUCGUCUGAGAUUGAAGCUUCUUUAUUUUUGUCAGUGUGAAUGUUAGUGUUUUUGAAACCACAGAUCUUGAAGUGAAAUACUCUUGAUUGCAGUUGAGGACACACGUUGUUGUUUUUUUUUGUUUUUUUUGGUAUGUGUGCAGUGCAGUGGCUCAUUGUGUGGUUGAGCUGCUGUAGAAUGUUGUAGCUUUUAAGGGUGGUAGGUAUCCCUGCAUCCCUGCUUUACGUUGAAGUGCAGUGAGUGUGGACACCAAAAAUAGUCAGUUAACAAGGAAAGAAUUGAAUGUUUACUUCCUUCAUUUUCCCUCAACUUACCAAGACUGAGAGACCUUCCUGUCUCGCUGGAAAACUGCUGGAUCUGAACCAGACCCUUUGUACUAUACAAAACCUCCCUUUGCAGAGUUGUUAGCCAAACAUAUGUUCCUUGACUUGUUACAAAUAUUCCCAUCCCCAUUUGCCUGUAAAUAAAGUUCCAGUCCAUAGGUGUAUUCAAGUCUACAGCGGUGUCAUGUUCACCUCCUUUUCUUAUACAAAUGACUUAAAGGCAACAGAUAAAAGUUAUAUUCACAAGAAGGAGGGUAAGUGGAGCCACUUUAGACUGUUUACAUGCACCUCUAUGGUUCAUUGUGUAUGUAAUUUUGGGAGGGAAAGUGCACACGAAAAAAAGGUCAUUGUUAAAUUACAUUAUUGUUGAUGCUAAUGGUUGUCAAAAUGAUAAGAUGUAUAAUAAACAACUACAAAUUUGUUGACA